GCAGGGACUGAGUGGUCGGCCGAUGGGGGUCACGAAGGACCGGUAGGAACACCUGCGGAUCACAAUGCAACACAUUUUGGAAUAUGCUUUGGAUCGGGCGGAGUACAUUGUGGAAAGUGCUCGUCAAAAACCAGUGAAGAGGAGGUGUUCGUCCAGUGGAAGGAAGUCCUUAUACCAGAAGCUCUAUGAGCUGUACACUGAGGAAUGUGAAAAAGAGCCAGAAUUAAAGCAGCUGAGGAGGAAUGUCAAUCUACUGGAGAAGCUCGUCUCCCAGGAGUCUGUAUCGUGUCUGGUGGUUAACCUGUACCCAGGGAAUGAGGGCUACUCAUUGAUGCUGAGAGGAAAAAAUGGGUCUGAUUCUGAGACAAUCCGCCUGCCAUACGAAGAGGGAGAGCUGCUGGAGUACCUGGAUGCAGAACAGCUACCUCCUGUUCUUGUGGAUCUCUUGGAGAAGGCCCAGGUGAACAUAUUCCAUUGUGGCUGCGUUGUGGCUGAGGUCAGGGACUACCGGCAAUCUGGGAACACCAAAAUGCCCAUUUACCAGAGCCGCCAUGUCCUUCUACGACCCACGAUGCAAACAUUGAUCUGUGAUGUCCAUGCUCUGACAAAUGAUCAUCACAAAUGGACACAGGACGACAAGCUACAGUUGGAGAGCCAGCUCAUUCUGGCCACAGCAGAGCCUCUGUGUCUAGAUCCUUCCAUUUCUGUGACUUGCACUGCCAAUCGUUUGCUCUAUAACAAGCAGAAGAUGAACACCCGCUCAAUGAAACGGUGCUUUAAGAGACAUUCAAGAGCAGCACUCAAUCGGCAGCAGGAAAUGGCCCAUUACCCUACACCCCCACAGCUGCGACUCUACGAUUACCUGCAGAAGAGGAAGGAGAGGAAGCCGGCACCCUCGAUAGACCUCAAGAUCUCCAAGGCUGGAAACUGUGUUGAUAUGUGGAGACAGAGCAGCUGCCAGCUAACUGCCCCUUCUGAAAUUGACGUGGAAAAGUAUGCCGUGGUAGAGAAAUCCAUCAAAUUGGAGGAGACACAGCAUUCUGUCUGGCCUGCAAAGGAAGUGAAGGAUGACUACAUUUUUGAAUGUGAAGUAGGCGGACAGAUUCAGAAGACAAAAGUUACAAUAUUUCAGUCGGUGGGCGACCCCCUGGUAUAUGGAAAGAUAUACACCGCCAAAGACUCCAAAUCCAGUGAUGAUGGAAAUGACUUGCAUCUCAUCCAUCCACCUUUCCUAAUAGGUUCAAAAAUUGAUGCUGAUAGGUUUCUGAACCAAUACAAGGAGGUAUAUGAAAGAGAUGUGAAGUGUCCGGUGAAGAUGUCUCACAACUCAGAGAACACGGGAGGGAGCCAGAGCCAGCCAUCUCCAGGGCUGGAGCAAGAAGCUGAGGGCUACUCAUCGUUGGUUCAGUCAUCGAUGUUGGGGAAGGGUGUGAAACACAGGCCACCACCCAUUAAACUACCAACUGGGUCAGGCAGUAGCUCCUCAGGAAACCCAUACAGCUCACAGCCAUCAAGCAGCCACCUUAAGUGCCCGACUCCCCCACCCCCUAAAACCCAGUCACUGACACGGAAGCACUCGUUGGAGCUGGGGCAGGUGGGCUUGCUGUCCCCUGCAGCACUUUCACCUAUGGCCUCAUCCCAGAGGUCAGGGACCCCCAAGCCAUCAACACCAACACCCACCAACACACCAUGUUCCACCCCACAUCCUCCAGACAUUCAGGCAGCCACACCCUCGGUUACACCCACUCCCCAGGAUGCAGCCGUGGCCCCGCAGCCAACAUUGUUGGCCCCCUUUGCCCAGCAACAGAUGGCACUGAGCCAAGCACUUCCUGUUAUGACCAUCCCCCUGUCCUCCAUGGCUACCUCCAUCACGACUGGUACCUCCUCUUCACAAGUCAUGGCUAACCCAACUGGGCUCAACUUCAUCAACGUGGUAGGAUCUGUCUGCAGUCCCCAGACUCUGAUGAGCAGCUCCAACCCGAUGUUAAGCUGCAGCCCUGGGGCCCUCACUUCUGGUAUCAACCUUAGUGGGAUUUUACCCCCUGGUGGUCUGAUGUCAGGGGCCUUGCCCACCAUGCAGUCUGCUGCACAAGCAGGGAGUCCCUUUGGUUUAAACAGCUCCCCAGGUUUGCGACCCUUGAAUCUUCUCCAGAUUCCCACAGCCCCCUUGAUAUUCAAUUCCCAGCUCUCCCAGUUUUCUCCACAGCAACAGACUAGCCAGUCAGCCACCCCUAGCCCCCAACAGCAGGGCGACCCGGCUGAACAGGGAGUAGCAGGUCCAGAUCAGACACUGAGCAAUCAGCAAACAGCUGUAAUAAACCUGGGCAGCUUCAUGCCCCCUCCAGCAGCAGUGCUGUCCCAGCUGGGCUGUGGCCUGGGCAGGCCCGGGCCGAGUCUGCCGUCCCCAAGACUCCAGCUCUCCUCUGCCUUACAGCAGCAGUGCCAGCCGCAGCUACAAUUGCAAUUCUUGCAGCACCGAACGCAGCAACAGCAGCAAACGGCUUUGGCAGCGGAGGCACCAACGCAAGCAACACAGCAGCAUUCCGCCAGCCAGCCAAGAAGUAAGAGGAAGCGCAGCACCCCACAGCCCCUGCCCAAAUCAUGACCUCCACCCAGUCAUUCAGCUGGCUUACACCUCCUGCAGAUUGUUGCCACAUCUCUGGAAUACUUUUUUUUUUUUUAAACAGAAGGACAGUACUGAGCAUUUAUGUCUAUGUUUUAUUGGUACACAUCAAGAUCUGCAAGCUAUUUGUUUUUGCAUUUUUUUUUAAAUGCUAGCUAAAAACCUGGUAAGCUCACUGCUGCUUGCCUAAUACAGACUAUCCAUAGAGCAGGUUCUUUUUUUUAUUAAAACCCAAGCUUUUUCUGACAUAGAUUAGGGUUGCCUUGUUUGCUUCAGGUUAAUAAGGUUUCCCAAAGCAGGUUCAAGACCACUCUUCUAUACAUUGGUUUUUGUUCCAAAUGAGCUGUUGCAAUGUCAUAGAGUUGUUCUAGAGCAGUGAGUAUAUCCCCAGAGUCCUAAGGCAAAUUCCAUCUGGAAAAACAUGCCAAUGGGAAGUUACAGCUGCAGCAGUAUUUGUGUAACUUUAAAUUGAGGGGCUAGUAUUCAAAAAUAGUACCAAUUACAUAUUAAUAUUGUCAUUUUAUAUUAUUUACAACAGCAAGGACCUACUCAGUCUCAAAGUAACAAACUACUGAUGUAGAUGUUGGUUACCAACUGCGACAACAGAAAAACUCAGGACAUAACCAGGCUAGAGCGAGGGUCCCCAGCACCAGCAGCGGGGAAUAAAGCUUCAUGUUGCCCUGCCUUUAAACAUCUCCCACUGAGAGCAUGAAAUGUGUGUGCAUUUUAGUCAGUCUCUUUUAAAA